ACCAAGUUGCUCAGGGCGCGGGGGCUGGGGGGGCCGGUUUUGGAGAGGACCGCGCCCCCAGGAGUGCUGGCGGAGGCGGGGCCCGAUGCAGGAGGCGGCGGCGCGGAGCCUGCGGCGGGUCUGGGAGAGGCUGCGACCCCUCGCGAAGAAUAGGACGCUGCGGUACGGGGUCCCCAUGAUGCUCCUGAUUAUUGGUGGGUCCUUUGGUCUCCGUGAGUUCACUCAAAUCCGUUAUGAUGCUCAAAAACUCCACAGCAAGUUAAUAAAGUACUUUGGGGGAAACAGAAUUCAUCUGGUUCCAGUGUAUGUGGUCACUCUCAGGGCCGUGCCCUGGUGUUAUACAUACUCUGAAAGAUUGUGUCCGUUCUGCUGGUACUGGAGCGAGCAGAUGGAUCCAGCUUUGGAAGAAAGAAUCAGAAAGAAUAAGAUAUCACUGGAAUCUGAAUAUGAGAAACUGAAAAACUCUGACUUUGAUGACUGGAAGAACAUCAGAGGGCCCCGUCCAUGGGAGGAUUCCAAGUCUUUUCAAGAGCAGCAGCAGCAAGUUCUUCAUUCCAAGCCAUCUUGACUGUGUGUGCUCACUCCAGUGUCUUUAUAGAAUCACUGCUAUGCCAGUGACUGGACUUUCUUGCUCUCUAAUCCUGUGUCCGGGGCGAGACAUGGGUGGGGGAAAAACCAAGUUGACAGGUGGUUUACUUGAGAUCAGUCGGAGAUGAAAUGUUAAAUAAAGAUCUUUGUUCAAUUGCAUCCGUUUGUAUGGAAGCCCAUAGACUGUGUAUAUUAACUCUUAAUAAAGAUCAGCCCAUUCUUUCA